CAUUUUCUCUUCUCUGUGUUCUUUGCAUACACUAGCCGCCAAAGGAAAAGAGUACCUGGGGUUUUUGAUGGGGUUUUUGGAGGCAGGGUUUUGAGUUGAGCAAGGAAAAAGAGAAGAUGAGAAGAGGGAUCGAGGGAGGAAGGGUGUGUGAGGAGUUUUCACCGGGGUAUUAUGGACUUUGCACUCUUGGAGGAAUGUUCAGUGCUGGAACUACCCACCUCGCCAUCACGCCUCUUGAUGUCUUGAAAGUCAAUAUGCAGGUGAACCCUGUCAAGUACAACAGGAUUGGUUCAGGGUUCUCUACUCUUUGGAGAGAACAAGGCCCGUCAUCCCUUUGGAGAGGUUGGUCUGGGAAGUUUUUCGGAUAUGGCGUUCAAGGCGGCUGCAAAUUCGGUCUCUACGAGUACUUUAAGAAAAUUUACUCAGACGUCUUGGGAGAUCAUAACAGGAGUUUCGUAUUCUUUCUCAGCAGUGCAUCUGCUCAAGUAUUUGCUGAUGUGGCUUUGAGUCCUUUUGAAGCUGUCAAAGUCCGGGUUCAAACACAGCCCAGUUUUGCAAAGGGCUUGGUUGAUGGAUUCCCCAAACUAUAUUCAACUGAAGGGCUAACAGGCUUUUAUAGAGGACUUCUUCCACUUUGGGGUCGAAAUCUUCCAUUCUCAAUGAUAAUGUUCACAACAUUUGAGCACUCAGUGGACUUGAUAUAUAGAAAUGUAAUUCAAAGGAGAAAAGAAGAUUGCUCAAGAGCCCAACAGCUCGGUGUGACAUGUUUAGCUGGCUAUGCAGCUGGAGCUGUUGGUACCGUUGUCUCUAACCCCGCUGACAAUAUUGUUUCUUCCCUUUACAACAAAAAGGCCGAUACUGUUUUGCAGGCCGUGAAAAAUAUUGGGGUUGCUAAUUUGUUUACGAGAAGCCUUCCUGUUCGGAUAACGCUUGUUGGCCCUGUCGUUACUAUGCAGUGGUUCUUCUAUGACACCAUUAAAGUGUUAAGUGGGCUGCCUACAAGUGGAGGGAUCAACAAACGCCUUGAAGAAACUAAUGCAUCAACUUAAUUAUCACGGGGAAGGGAAACAGCAAUCAGUGAGUUUUGGUGAAAAGCAAUAGUGAUGUUAAAGCUUAUAAAGCUAUCUUGACGCAUAAGCAAAAGUUACUAUUUGAGGCCCUCGUUAUUAUGUUCAUGGGUCUUUGAUACUUUUUUUUUUAUUUUUUAUUUUUAUUUUUUCCCCCUCAUCUUCCAUAUCACCUAUUAGUUUUAUAACCUGUAAAGGUACAUGUUAAUUUAGUUUUAUUUUCUGUCAAAAUAAUGAGUCCAAGGUGAGUAUGCAAAUGAUUGAGAUGUAAAUG